AUGGCUUCACAAGCCGCACCUCUGCAACAUGGACCUCACGCCGCUGGCAUCUUCGCCGAUAUGACCGUCGACGGUCCCGAGAUCGGGACAUUAGUCCUGGUGAUCGACCGAGCAAAGAACUUGCCUAACAGGCGGUCGAUGGGCAAGCAGAGCGCCUACUGUGCAGCACGAGUCGGCAAAGAAGCCAAGAAGACGGAAACCGACAAACGUGGUGGACAGACGCCGAAGUGGGAUCAGGAGCUGCGGUUCACGAUCCACGACUCGCCGGACUAUCAGCAGUUUAAGCUAUCGAUCUUCAGCGAGGACAAGAGGACGGAUCUGGUGGGUGAGGCUUGGGUGAACCUGACGGAGGUUGUUGUGCCCGGUGGUGGGAAGAAUGAUUUGUGGCAGGGGUUGAACUGCAAGGGCAAGUACGCGGGUGAGAUACGCAUUGAGUUGACCUACUACGACUCGAGGCCGAAGCCGGAGAAGAGCGUAUCGAUCAGAGAAACGGGAGAGGAUGAUCUGAGGAGCAGUAUUGGUGGGAGUAGGGUUAAGAGGAGACCAUUGCCUGGAAACCCUGGAGCGAUGUCCAUGACUUCAAUUACAUCGGAGACGGUGGCAGACUUUGGGACUGCCUUGCCUGGAAGGGCGAAGCAUGGACCCAGGGACUUCAGAACUCCUGGUAGAGCGAACUCCUUGCCGCCCGAGCCUGCUGCCCCGACUGCACCACUUGCGAUAUCGAACGGGUACGGUACUCCACCUUCAGCUUUGCCACAGCAAAUGCCACCUGUACAGUAUGAAGAAGAGCCACAGCAGUAUCACGAGGAGGCGUCUUAUGAGGAUCCAUAUCAGCAGCUUGAUUUUCUGCCACAAUUACCACCUAGUGAUCGACAGCGUGCGAAUGUGAACUCACGGAAUGGUUCGAGACAAGCACGCCCAGGACAGCCGUCGCCAUUGCAGCAGCGGCCAUACAGUCACAUGAGUCUGCCACAUUCUCACUCCGCACCUAUCGUGCCAACUCAGACUCGUGGUCCAGACAUGUAUGAAGACAAUGGCUACGAACUUUCCACCGACUACCCAGAGCCAAUACCAGAUCUGGAUUACCAACAUCAGCAGCUUCGACAGCGACGCAAUGAUGUCCCACCUGGCUGGCAAGAAGAAUAUGGCGACCCAUACGAUGAUCGACCGCGAACAGCAGAAUCUGAUGGCGGUGCGCCCCCGCCACCUCCGCCGAUGCACACUCACAGUGCACCUGCCGUGCCACAAUAUGCUCCUUCUAGUGGUCAAUCAUCACCUGCGCAGCCUGCCUACAUGAACACACCUCCAAGUACGCGACAUCACUCUGUCCCGAACGCGUCGCCACUGCAACAAGUCGAGAGGCGGUACGGCCCUCAACAGCAGACCCCGCCACAUGGCCAUCCAGCUCGAGGUAGAUCGAUAGACACAUAUGCCGGAUCAUCACCUGAGCAGAGUCCAUACGUCGCUGUACCACUGCCACCCAGCGGCGGCUCCCCCUACGGACGAAGCCCUGCUUCACGUGCACGUCACAGCAUAGCUGACCCCUACACCGGCACGCCGACUCGCCCACACCCGCUGUCGCAAGAAGUGCCGAGGCCACGAUCAAGGAGUCCGAUGCCUUAUGCACCUUCUUCGCACGCACGAGCGCCUUCACCGAACCCGUAUGCGGCUCAGCCACGCCCGCGAUCACCGUUGCCAGAGUAUGCGGGGUCACAUCGCGCGCAUUCACCACUACCAUAUGCGCAACCACAAUCACACUCGCCAGCCUAUCAGUCAGAGUAUCAUUCAGACAGAAGAGGCGAAGGUCCUCCCUUGAUCAAGCCUCGAGCUGUGUCUCCACGACCGCCACCACAGCCAACAUCUCAGCCACGGAAUUCGUACCAUCUACAAUUUCCCGUUCGCGCCUUUGAAUCGGGAGACAAUAGUCCGCUCUCGACUUCGACACCACGUAACGCUGCACCCCUAGCACAACAUCAUCGCAUAACACCCACCCGCAAGCCCACAUCGUCGAGCCAACAACCCUCUCCGAUCGACACCUCCGCCUCAGGUCGUCCGAGUCCAGGCGGUAUGCCGUUCUCACCAGACAGCUUCGACGUCCACAACCCGAAUGCUCCUCGUAGCGGUGGCGCCUCACCUUACACUUCGGCACGUCCCGAGUCACGCGAUACACAAAGUGCCAACAACUCCGGACCAAUCGUAGGCUGGCACGGGCAAGAGAUCGAUCCCUCUGAUCACCUUCCGGUGGAAGCCUGGGCACCGGAGCCGGAGAAGAAGGUGCCGAGUAAGACCUACGGACUGGGCAGGGAUCGUGACUUUGGACCGAGAAGUGCGGGUGGGAGUCCCGCUAGUCCUGCUGGCGCAGGCGGAAGGAUGAUGGGGAAGGACAAUGUGAUCACCGUGCGAAUGAAGCCCGCAAACACUGGUAGCCCAUCUUUAGCUCCUACGCAAGAAUCCUCACCAAGCACGGGUAGGAACAGGCUGACGAAGAAGAACGUACGGAGCAACUCUGCUAUCGAGCCGCUAGGCGAAAGACAUAAUUUCAACGGGCAGGAUAUGCAUGAUAUACCUGACCCUUACAGCGGCGGUGGAGGCCAAGCUGGAGCGCAAUAUAGCAAUGGUUUCCUCAAUGAUGGUCGAGCACCAGCGUAUGGCCGCGGAGGUGCACCGAACGUGCCACCUAAAAUUCCUAUGGGGGGCGGUAGUCCGGGGGGUUAUGGUGGCGGGUAUGAUGGUGGAUAUGGCGGUGGAUACGAUGGCGGAUAUGGAGAUAAUGGUGAUACUGGGUACGGUGGUAACAAUGGGUACGCACGCGGUGGGUAUGAUGAUGAUGCACUGGCUAGGGAGAUCGGGAGUAUUGAUAUUGACUCGCCUAGUCCUCGAGGGCAUGGUGGUGCGUAUGGGAACGGAGCGAGGUUUGCUGGUGGGUCUGCUGGAAGGUCACCUGGUGGUGGUGGCGGCGUGCCGGCGCCUGUUGCUUAUGUUCCUGUUAGGAGUCAGAGGGAUAGAGGAAGUUAUUAUUGA